CAGUGGUCCCAACAAUUUCCUGUUAGCGACGGCUGGUCCCGGAAGAUUUACCUUUCUCCUGACACGUAGCAGCCGCAGCGAAGUUGGCAGGGCUCUGGGCAGAGUUAUCACACAGCACAGAGUAAGAGAUGUCGGGUUUUGACAACUUUAACACAGACUUUUACCAGUCCAGCUACAGUGUAGAUGACCAAAGCCAAGCCGGCUAUGGCUACAGCAACACUGACAACCCCUACAAUAAGCCAUAUGGUCAAUAUGAUUACUCCCAGCCCAUGGGCUACUCAUCCCCAGGAGUAAUGCAGCCCCAGCAACCAUACACCGGACAAAUCUUCCAGCCCACACAGACCUACACACCAUCAGCAUCACAGUCCAUGUACAGUAACAGUUUUGAUGACGAGCCACCGCUGCUAGAAGAAUUAGGAAUCAAUUUUGACCACAUCUGGCAGAAGACUCUGACGGUUCUCCAUCCAAUGAAAGUAGCAGAUGGCAGCAUCAUGAACGAGACAGACUUGGCCGGGCCUAUGGUGUUCUGUUUGGCCUUUGGAGCAACACUUCUUCUGUCAGGUAAAAUCCAGUUUGGUUAUGUGUAUGGCAUCAGUGCAAUUGGCUGCCUUGGCAUGUACUGCCUACUCAACCUCAUGAGUAUGACAGGCGUGUCGUUUGGCUGCGUGGCCAGCGUGCUGGGAUACUGCCUCCUCCCCAUGAUCAUUCUCUCAAGUUUUGGAGUUCUCUUCUCUUUACAAGGCAUGAUGGGAAUUAUACUAACAGCAACAAUCAUUAGCUGGUGCAGUUUCUCAGCCUCGAAGAUCUUCAUCUCAGCGUUGGCCAUGGAUGGGCAGCAGCUGUUGGUUGCUUACCCAUGCGCUCUGCUUUAUGGGGUUUUCGCACUCAUCUCCGUCUUCUAAAAACCGCAAUUCAUCAACAGUUUCAAAUAACUGUUCCCCAGUUUCUGUAAUGUCGGCCUAAUUGGCGUAAGUGUAAUUAGUGAAAAUAUUGGCUAAUAAUGCUGUUACUACAGAAAAGUGGGCACUCCUGCCUAAAUUGGUACCAGGAUUUUUUUUUUCUGUCUUCUUUUAUUGGCCUCCACCUUUCCCCACAUUACAACUUGACCAUUCGCAAGCUGGACUAUAUGGUGUCACACAUGACUCCUCGUCGCCUUCCUCCCCUGAUAUGCGUCUUACAGGAGAAGACUGUCAACAAGCGUGCUGGGAGGGGGGAUUUUCUGUGGACCGAGUUGAGCCUUAAAUGGUCUUGUACAGUCCUGUGAUUUUUAAGGACAUUAAGGGAACAAAGUGUUUUGGACACAGGUGGGAAAAAAACUGCAGUUUUCAAGAAUAAAAAUGAACCCUGCAACCUAAUCUGAAUUCAGCUAAAAUCCCAUUUGUCCUGAUUUUUGUAAAAGCUUUUAUGAGCGUUUUCUGCCUCCCAUAUAUUUAGCAACAACAAGACUAAGGGAAACACCCACUUUCAUUCUGCACAGGACUACAUUAACAGCGAAGGGGUCGUCUCCUCCGCAACAUCGCAUUUUCUUCGCAACCGAAGAACCACAAACUUUAUCAAGUGUGUCAGUUUUUGAACAGAAAGACAGCUGCUCUGCUACAUCUAAUGUAUUUUAUUAUAUUCUUUGGAGAUUCCUUUGAGUUCUGAUGCCUUUUCAGGAAGACAACAACAGUUUGCACAAAAACACUGCUCCCAAACCAAACCAGUUUGAUCAAAUGCUCAGAAUUAAUAUUGGUAGAGAUGCUGUAUGUCUAGGUACAGAAGUGUCUCUAUAGGUUUUCGUUCUUGUAUGUAUCCCUUUUCAUCUCUUAAAUCUUUAUUUUUAGAGACGACUCACUUAAUGCUUUGAUGUGUCAUCUGUUGUUCAUGUCUUCUUAUGCACAUUAAAGUUGUUUUUGAAGGUUA